CUAGAUGAAGAGAUCUCGGGAGUUAUUGAAGUAGUAGGAAGAGUAACAAAUAAGGCAACCAUCACGUGCAUGUCAUACGUCCAGUUCAGAGAAGACAAAAGUCCGUUUGAUCUGGAACUCUACAAUGAAGCACUAAAAAUUAUUCAUGAAUUCCCUGAAUACUACCCCUUUGGUACUGGCAGGAACAACUGA